UAUAUAGUACACCAAGAGUGAACGCUUUCUCUCCGAAGCUACCCUUUGUGAGCUUCUCUACGAGUGCCUCGCCGGAAAAAUCACCAUUUUCUCCCGACCUUGAUCGGAAAACGCACCGGAGUCCGCCGGAAAAUUGAACAAGUUGAAGAGUGAGUCGGAAGCAAGAAAGGCAGAGACUUUGCAGAUCCGAUUAAAAAAUACGAAGCUUUAUAUAUACAAAGCUUUUUGCAAAUCUAUCAAUUUUUUUUCACAUUUUUCGUUGAUCUGAAAAGCAGAGAGAAAUGGUAGUGAAAGUUGCUUCGACCUGCUUGCACUGGUCGCAGCCGAUCGUUCCUCGCUCGACGCCGUCAUCUCAAACCCUAGCCUCCUCAAUCGCGUCUCCUUCCUCAAAACGACGUAACAGAGGAGGCGACGGCGACGGCGACGGCGGAGCUCAGUUAUGUCUCCACGUCCACAGCUUGAAUCGGUCGGCGUUGUUCGGUGCUCCGUCGACGAAGCUAAGCCGGUCCCGGUCCUGCGGCUUCCAGAAGUCGAGAUUCCGGUCCAUUAGACGAGCUUGCAGUGCCAACCUGGACGCCUUCUCAGACGAAGAGUUCUCAAAGAAGAUUCAAGAGCUUGCUCUCCGAUUCCAGCUCGCCGACAAUUUUGACGGUGAAGAUGACCUUAACGUUGACGGAAACGAUUCGGAUUCGGAACCGGAGGCGGCGAAUUCUGAUGACAAUCACAGCGUCAGUGAGUCUGCAACGGGAAUGAGAUUUGAACAGAACCAAAGCCAGUUCCAGUUGCCGCUCGAUCUAGAGCCACCGUGGCCGAGCGAUUGGCAGCGGAGGGGCGAGAUUGUCCCGGAGGCGAGCAUCGAGUGGAAGGCAAACAGCUUCGACCUUCCGCUCUCGCUCCGAAUCAUCAAGCGGAAGAUGCAGUGGCAGGAUGGUUUCCUAGAAGCAGGGGAAUCCGCGUGCUGCUCUGUAAAAAAGGCCUUCUCUUCGCUGGUGUUCAUAAUCCGAGAGCUCCAUAGCUACUCCUUGCAGAUGAGAGAGAUUCUGUUCUACGAAGAUUUGCAGGGGAUUUUGAGCAGGGUGCAGAAGGAGAUGCAAGCUUCGUUCGUCUGGCUAUUUCAACAGGUCUUCUCCCAGACGCCGACUCUAAUGGUGUAUGUAAUGAUCCUCUUGGCGAAUUUUACUGUCUACUCAUUAGGCCACAACGCCGCCAUUGCGACCGCUCCGCCCGCCGGGUUGUAUGCCAGUGCAACCGAGACUAUUUCAGUGGAAGAAGUUCAGACUCAGAACGAUAAAUUGGAUAACCCCCAAUUUGAUUCUUCCACAAGUAAGUCGUUUUCAGUGACCGGCAACGGCAAGACGACAUCCGUAGGCGGGAACAAUGGCGGUGGAGGGAAGGUCCGACCGGUAGGAAGCGGCACAGACGGUGAUGGCCGGUUUGACCGGACGGACCAGUACCGGACAAUAGUCCCCGACGGGGCUUCCCAAUUGUCCUCAUUAGGGACAACCAGAGAAGCAGAGUCGGUUUCGGGGCAAGAGAGCAGGGAGGAGGAGCUGGCUCUGUGGAAUUCAGUAGCCGAAGAAGCUCAUCAAAUGCGGGGCGUAGAAGAAUCUCUGGAUCACGAAACGAUGCAGAGAUUUGUUUCGCCGGUGACGGCGAAUAUCGAGGCCGACGACUACGCCGAGUACAUCAGAACUGAGCUUCUUUACCAAAGGGAACUGUCCAAGGAACCUAGCAAUGCUCUGCUUCUUGCUAAUUACGCGCAGUUCCUCUACCGAGUUGCUCAUGAUUACGACAGAGCUGAAGAGUACUUCAAGAAGGCAGUAGGGGUGCAACCGCCGGACGCGGAGGCGUACAACAAAUACGCGACGUUUCUGUGGAGGGUUCGGAACGACUUGUGGGCGGCAGAGGAGACAUUUUUGGAAGCCAUUUCGGCUGACCCAAGCAACUCCUUCUACGCCGCCAACUAUGCCCAUUUUUUGUGGAAUACCGGUGGCGAGGAUACGUGCUUCCCUCUCAACUCCGCUGAGACUGAUGCCACCGAAGAUGCUUAGUAAAUAAAAGGAAAAAAAACCCCAAACAAUAAGAGAAAAUAGUAUAGAAGAGAAAUAUGGAACAUCGAAGCACAUACUUUCAUGCAACGGGAAGUUUACUACGACAAUAUUCUAUACCAAAUGCAUGACAAUGCGUAUUGAAUUUGUCAUGUCACAUUCCCAAUGUAUGUAAGUUUCUCUCUACAACAAUGUCGAUGAGCAGAGCAGCCACCUUCCGUUCAUUUCCAAUUUUACUCGGAAUUUGAUAUAUUCGAAAACUGAAAAAAUAAAAAGAAAAAGAGAAGAGAGAAGUACUAUUUUAUCCUUAUUUGUUUUUUCGUUUUAUUAUUCCUCAAGUUUUGGUGGGCGGUGGCAAAAUGGGGUGGUGGCGUUUGGGGCGGAGGGGAAGCACGUGGGCGGGGACGCACUCACAUGCGCGGCAGAACGGCAGCAACGAUUGCAGUGUGUUUGGCUGAUGAGCGGGAAGCGGUCGCGAUUGGGGAAUACACGGUUUGCUUUUUGCACAGAUCAUGUCUAUUUUGUUAAUUGUAUAUUUUUGGGUUGACACAAUCACAUGGUAAAAGUGUAAUUAGCCACCUUGUUAAUAUAUGUUUAUUUUUUUUUAGUA